AUGACGGAGUGGACCCUACUCAAACGUCUCCUGGAUGCCGUCCACCAGCACUCCACCAUGAUCGGUCGCCUGUGGCUCACUGUUAUGGUCAUCUUCCGGCUGCUCAUUGUUGCCGUGGCGACUGAAGACGUGUACACCGAUGAGCAGGAGAUGUUUGUGUGCAACACGCUGCAGCCGGGAUGUUCCACUGUCUGCUAUGAUGCAUUUGCGCCCAUCUCGCAGCCUCGCUUCUGGGUCUUUCACAUCAUCAGCGUCUCCACACCGUCACUGUGCUUCAUCAUCUACACAUGGCACAACCUGUCCAAGCUGCCCCACAAUGCCAUGCAGAGGCAAGGGCUAGGACAGGGGGAUUUCCCAGGCCAGGCAGGCCCAGAUAUUGGGCGAGACAGCGGACGGGAGGCCUAUGAUCGGAGCUGCGAUUCAGACAGCUGCUCCAUCCGCUCCCACAAGCAUCUGGGUCACAGCCUGGCGGAUGUGCUUGAAGGCAUCAACAUCCAAAGUCUAAAGAGGAUAGACCAAAACAACAUGGCGUCCUUUAGCCAGCCCCGUGCUUGCACUUACAAGGAGGGGAUUCCAGAGGGUCACGUGGUCUCUGGAGGGGUUCUGUCCAAAUGUUACGUCUUCCAUGUAUGUUUACGUGCUGUUUUGGAGGUGGGCUUUGUUGUGGCCCAGUGGAAACUGUUUGGCUUUGAGGUGCCUGUCCAUUUUCUGUGUUCCUCAGCCCCCUGCAGCCAUCCAGUGGACUGCUACGUAUCCAGGCCCACAGAGAAAACCAUCUUCUUGCUCUUCAUGUUUUGCGUGGGGGUUUUCUGCAUCCUACUCAACCUACUGGAGCUCAACCACCUGGGCUGGAAGAAGAUCCGUCAGGUGGUGAGGCUGAGCGAGAGGGCGUCCUGGGGAGGUUGUCCAGGUAUUAGAGGAGGAUAUGAAACCUUCUCACCAGACAGUCCAUCUCUCACCUCUUCUAUGGGUUUCAGGGAUAUGACCAGCACCACCUCCCUGCCCACUUUGGACCUGGUGGUGGGUCACCAGCCCAACUGGACCUGUGCUGCCAACUGUAGCAAAAUGCAGGCGACUCAGGAGGUCAGAGAGACGAGACCAGAGCAACCAAAGAGACAAGACUGCCACAAAGGAGAGAGGCAGCCUCUGAAGAAGCAGGAGAUCAGGGGGUCCAAACAAAGGAGUGCUGAGGUCUGGAUAUAA